AUGGACCGCGGGCGACGGGGGACGGGUGAUCACACGGUGAUCAGGAUCAAAGGUGACAGUGGGGGCGGUAUGAAGUGUGCGGGCGACGGGCCCGGCAGCACCAUCUGUCGAAAAGGUGGAGGGCGACGCGAGUGCGGCGAGGCGGGGCGGUGCGCGUGCGACUGGCGCGCCCCUCCCGCGCCGCCCGCGCCCCCUCACCCCCUCCGCGCGCUGGACGACACCCCGCCGCCACUGCUCAGAUCUAACCCACUGUAUACCGAGGAGGAGGAACAAGAGGUAGUGAUAAUCGUGGACUCGCUGGAGGAAGAGGACGUUGUGGACGGAGGAAAUCUUGCGGCCCCUUGCGCGCCACGCCGUGUACCUUCCACCUCUUCAGGUUACGGCAGCAACGGGCGGGUGUCGCCAUCUUUACCAAAGACCGAGGCGGAGCUACCCGACUCGAAGCACGAAGGAUCUCAGACGUCAAGAGCUUCAACCUCUGACACGGACAGCCCAGGGUGCACGCUGUCGCGGAGCCUUAAGGAGGACAUCAGGGCAUGUUUAGGAGGUUGCAGAUGGGACAAAGACGUCGGCGUCGUAGUAGAAGCUGCCGUGAAGGGCGCCGGGGGCAUCACCGCUGCCCGAGCGAGGCUGCACGCAGCAUUGCUGGCGCUGCAUGAGCCUUUACCCAGGAUUCCCAACCGCGGCCCUUCGCUGCCGUACUGCGGGCCUGGCGUGCGACCCGGUGACGUCACUAUGAUGCCGAAAACUACUGAGAUGUCGCUACUGGCUGCCAGCGCCCUCUUCACACUUGACAGUGCGCGCGGCAAAGCGCUGUCCCGGAGCUUGGCGAAACGCGAACGCCGUCGCCGCCGAUGCCGCGCCGCUCUCGCUAUAUUGGCUCUAUUGAUGCUGUUAGCUGCUGUCGGCGCGGUGGAGUUACUGCUGUCGAGGGGACAGAGGGUGUUUGGAGUUGUGUUGUGAUAACAGAGGUAUCUAUAUAGUCCGUUGCUGUCCUGAAGCUCGAUGAAACACGAACGCCGUCGCCGCCGAUGCCGCGCCGCUCUCGCUAUACUGACUCUAUUGAUGCUGUUAGCUGCUGUCGGCGCGGUGGAGUUACUGCUGUCGAGGGGACAGAGGGUGUUUGGAGUUGUGUUGUGAUAUC